AUAUGACUGCUACCAAGAGAUGAACAAGAGCAGGCUUCUUCAAAGGGACACUUCCAAGCUUUGUGGGUCAUCUGUGGAAGACUGUAGGAAUGCAGAGAAAAGAGACACUAAUGCAGACAUUAGAGCCAAUAUUGUGGGCUCCACCAAGAAAUGCAUAUCAGCCAGAGAUCUCUGCAAUGGGCCACUCCGCCCUGAGACAGGAUACAGGACAAGGUAUGUUCUUGUGGAUGACACUGGGAAAGCAGUGAUGAGCAGUAACUGGUCAGACACAUUCAAGACAAAACCAGAGCCGAUUCCAUACCAGACCAUACAGCCCUGGGACUCAGUGCACUCUGCUGGGAUGAUUGUCCUGGUUGUGAUAUUGGCAGUGCUCUUCUUUCUCCUCCUGCUGCUCUGUCUGUUCUGCUUGGUCUGCUGUAGGAAAAAGCCCAGGAAGGUAUACAAACAAGCAAAGGCAUACGACACCCACUAUACUAAAGACAUGCUGCACAACAGCCUGGCGACUGGACAAGUGGUCAGAGUGCACAGGGAGGUACAACAGGAGAAUGCCCCCUACUUCAUUCAGUCAAGAGAGGAGUACCAGAUGUCCAGCCAGACCUCUCCACAGCUCCAUAGACAUAAUUCAUUUUAUGCAUUCUUGGAGAACAUAAGGAACAGGGUAACUUUGGAGGUGAACAGUUCCACCCACAGGCAACCAGAUCAGAGGAUUCUUGAGGCAAUUUCAAGGUCUUCUACACUUGGAAUUCAAACUUCAAAACCAAGGUCAAGGUCUGCCUCUGACUUUCUGGAAUCAGCAAAAAGAUCAAGCACUCUAGCAAGACAACAGGGAAGUAGUGUGGCAGGGUCAACUCAGACCACGGUAGUAUCUUCCACUGUCUCUCACAAUAGCUCUUCCCAGGAGUCAUACAGCAUUCUUCACAGACAAGUAAUUUCAUCAUCUGUUUCCGAUCACUCUGAGUCUGAAGCAGUGCCCGUGUAGAUGGUGAGGUUCCUCUUGACUUUCCUAAUAUGAUGACUACAUUGAAGAGACAUUUUCAAAAAUGCACUCCCUGGGCAAAAGCUUACAACUCCUUUGAAUGGCUUACAGAAGCAGGAUGAUCACUGGCUACCUCCCUUCCAAUGAAGAAAUCUUAUUCUUCAGUCUCGUGCUGCGUCGGCACACUCCAGUCUCCCCCAUUGCUCCCUACUAUAAUCUGCUUCGCUGGUUUAUACCUGAUUCUUAAGCGGUUAUUUACAUCAGCAUUUAAGCUGUCAAUUUAGGACCCAGCAAUUAUCCACCUUACAAUCCUGAAUAUGUUUUGGGCUUUAUUACUGUAAAACUAUGGUGAAAGGAAGGGCAGUACACUUAAAAUGUCUAUAUUUACAUUUAUAUUCCUACAUUUUCUAUAUUUAUAUUUUUCCCUAUAGCAAAAUCAAAUCAUGUUAUUAUAUUAUAUGAUCAAUAUGUAAAUUUAGUCUGUUGCAUGAAUGAUAAUUAUUAUCGAUAAUUAGGAAUAUCUGGGUACUAUUUGCUUUUUUUUGCUAUUAAAAUAUAUUCUGAACAUUU